CCGCCGACUGCUACCCCACACACACGACGACUCCAAACAACCCGAAAGUCGCCGAACAACACACGAACGAGGCGCAAAGCUCUCGCGUUCUUGCUCUCUGGCGAUCAUCAAUCGGUCCGGUCUUUCUUCCCCCUCAAUCACAUCAGAUCACACAGCUGGUGAAGUCAGUCGGAGCCAGCAAAAUUGACAACAAGUCGCGAAGAACAAACGAAAAUAUUAUGAAAAUUGUUGUAAAUUUUUGCCAGUAAUUCCAAAACAAACAAAAAACCAAAAGUGACAACGCGGAAAACAUAUACACAUAAUACAAAUACAAAUAAUAUCACGAAAAUAAAUUAAGUGACUGACUGGCGACGAGCUGAUAAGAUUUACUUAUCAAAAUUCAUACUAAAGUGUGCGCCUAAGUUCUGUGUGUUUUGAUUAUACAUAGUAUGUGCAGUCGUCGUCGUGCUAAUGUGCUUCAUUAUAAAUAAAUUUCUGUCUUAAUCUCAGCCACAUGUGUGACCCAGUUUAAUGAAAAAAGAAACAAAAUAAAACUGAAAAAUACACAAGCAACAAUGAAAUUUACAUAUAAGCGAGGCCCUCCCCCUCCUUAAUUUACGCAUGCCCAUGCAUAAUAAUUAAUUGUUGUAUUAAAGCGAGUGAACAAUUAAACAGAAAUACAAUUUCAAUUAAUUUACAAACAUCAAGGAAGUAAUAUAAACGAUAUUUACAACAAAUCCAACAACAAAUACAUUUUUUUUCGGUCUUGUUUAUAAACCAACGAGGUGCCAAAAAUCAAGAAGAUAUAUAUAUAAGACAUCGUAAAGUGCGCCGGCGCACAGCCGGAGAAUCCCCUCGCGGAGCACUCGGCAGAGUAGUUUCCUUUCGGGCCGUACGAUGACAGAGAAUCAGCUGUAUCCCAUGUCAUCGGAAUUCUUUGACACUGGGUCAAAUAGCAGCAGCAAUACACUGAAAUACGAUCUAUAUUCAUUGGGAUCGAGCGUUGUGGGUGCCGCCCUGCCCACAUUGACCAUUAAUACGGGCUAUGGGAGCAGCAACAACGGAGGAGUCAGUGGCAGCAACUGCUCGACGAGCACCACAAAUACCUGUAAUGUAAUGCUUAGUACAACGGCCAUAACCAUACCACGUAGCAACAAUCACAACCAGAGCCAUCAUCAUCCGUAUCAGCAGACGGAUCUACAGACACCGCGACACCAUCCCAGUCCGUUGCAUACAUUACCCAGCAUGACGCACCAGCAGCAGCAACAUCAGCAGCAUCAUCAGCAGCAGCAGCAACAGCAGCAGUCGCAGCAGCAGCAACUCCAUCAACAGCUGCAGCAGCAACAGCACUCGCAUUUGGCAUUGGGAGAACUAUCCGAUUUUGGAUUGGAUGCACUGGAUGCGGCCUCCCUGUCGCCCACAUUGCUGCAGGAUGUUAGUCUGAGUGCCGCCUCGCCAUUGAGUUCCACGCUGUACAAUGGCAACAGCAGCAGUGUGGGUGGAGGCGGUAGCCUGGCUGGCGGUUACUUUGCACCCGAUAUGAGCCAUACACUCAGCCUGAAUGUGGUCAGUGAGCUGCAGCUGCAGGAGGCAGUGGGCCAGAAUGAGCUGCUGUACGAGAUGACGCCCAAUUCGAAUGCCAUGUGGAGUGAUAUCAGCAGUGCCAUUAUCCAUACCAAACACGAACCAUUUAGUCUAGACGAUGAUUACAUUUUCCCCAACGACAAGGCUGAGAUACAGGCCGCCGAUUUGGCCGAUCUGAAUGGCGGUGACUUUCUGGAUGUCAUUGGUAGCAUAGAGGACUUUCUGCCCCCGGCGACAGUCUCGCAGAGUGUCAAUUUCAUGCUGUCCCCUCAGGGUGCCCAGGGACAGGACUCGCUGGUGGCACCACCCAUGGAGCUGCUUCAGCAGCAGCAGCAGCAGCAGCAACAACAACAACAACAGCAGCAGCAGCAGCAAUUCAUUGUCGGCAGCCUGCCGCAAUUGCAGACGCUCCUCACACUGACCCAACAAACGCAACAGCAGCAGUCGAACAGCAGUUCCUCCACUAGUCCCUACGAGAUCUAUCACAGCACACCACAGAAGCCGCAGCAACAGCUAGCGGCCAGCUUCUCACCCGGCAGCCAGGCGUCGCACUCCCCAUUGACGCCACCACCGCCGCCGCAUGCCAAUCGCUCGCAGUACCAAAUGGUCAAGUCGCGGAACAUGCAAGAUCUCAUCAAGAAGGGCUUUCCCAUGUCUUCGCCGCCGGACCGUUCGAUGCACAGCCAGUCGGCCGCAUUGAGUCCGGGCGGUAGCAGUGGCUUUGGCAGUGCCGCCUCCGGUAACAGCACAGCACCGGAUGGCAAUGGUCCGAGCAGCAGCAGCAGCAGCAGUCAGGCGGCCGUAGUGGCUAGUAGUGUGCGCAAAUCGUUUGGCUUUCAGGGUGGCUCCAUGGAGAGCAGCAGCAGCUCGCAGCUGAGCCGACUGAGCUCGUCGGCGCCCACCCAUUUGGGUAAUGAGCAGAUAUGGAUGCGACGAGAGCCGCGUCAGCAUUUACUCUCUACCGGCUCGCUGGCCGAGGCCGAGAGCUUCUCAUCGCUGAGCACGGGCAGUGUCCUGUCGCCGGAGGGCAUUGAUUUCUCGCAGGACGAUGAGGAUGACAACUCGAGCGAGAAUAGCGACAACUAUGAUGACUUUAGCAGCGACAAUGGUGGCGGAUCUGGCGACGAGGACGAGACACGCACCUCCACGCCAAAUCAAUUGUCCAGCAGCAAGGGCAAAGAGCGCUUCUUCUGGCAGUACAAUGUCCAGGCCAAGGGACCCAAGGGCAAGCGUUUGGUCUUCCAAUCCAAGCUCGAGGAUCCGCAUUGUCUCAACGAGGUCACAGAUCCAGUCUUCAGUCCCACCUGCUCUGUGCGCGGCAUAAAAGUGUACAAGCACAGCGGCAAGGCACGUAAGGGCGAUGGCAAUGACCUCACACCGAACGCCCGAAAACUGCACAACAUUGGCAAGGAGCUGGACAAACUGAGUCGCACCAUCAAUGACAUGACCCCCGUUUCGGAGCUGCCAUUCAAUUCGCGUCCCAAGUCGCGCAAGGAAAAGAACAAGCUGGCCUCCCGUGCCUGUCGCCUGAAGAAGAAGGCCCAGCAUGAGGCAAACAAAAUUAAGCUAUAUGGCCUUGAAAUAGAACACAAGCGCCUCAUCAAUGGCAUUGCCGAGCUUAAGCAGGCCUUGGCCCUCAAGCAUCGUACCAAAAGUCUGGGCGAGCCCACGGAGGAGGUGGAUCUGCAGAUUGCACGCAUUUAUACAACGGCCAAAACUGGAGUUUGCAUUGCUGGCGGCUCAACGGAUUUCGUGAACAAAGUGCUGGAGAAUAUGCGCGGCGGCUUGCACAAUGGCGGGCUGGAGGAUUUGCGUAAAUCAUCAUAGACCAAAAACCGAAACAGAUUAAAAGCUAACGAACCGCCCAUCAAGAAUAGAAUAGUCUUACGCAAAAUUAGAGAUGUAGAGAGGGAGAGAUGCCGCAGAUAAAACUAAUUUUGUGGCAGGAUGAUAAUUGGAUUUCAGAAACCACCAGUCAAGAACCAAUAAGAGAACUCAGGAUGGCCCAUAUCCUGGCUGUAAAUCUCCCCCCAGCCCCCCAAAAAAAACUCUUCUCAAAAAACAAAUAAAAAAGUUGUUUUUUAUGUUGUUUUUUUUUUUUGAUAAUGUUCUGCUGGAGUGAUAUAAUAUUGAUAACCGAUAUAUAACUGUGAUUUAAAGAGCCUGGGCUUUCGUAUGUUUUGUAUGGUAUGCAGAUGAAGCCGUAAAAACCGAAGAACCAGAGCCAAAAAAAAAAACAAAAACAAAAGAAACACAAAAUUCCUUUUGAAAAUGAAACAUUAACGAAACGAAACAAA